UGUGGUGAUGUCACAGAAACCUCAAGCCUGACUAUUUAACAAGGAGCAUACAAUUGCCAGUGUUGGAAGCAGUGAGCAAACUUAGCCUGCAGUUUAUUUCCCUUAGCAAUCAUUAUGCAGAGUAUUAAGAACAUGCAUGAAUUUGAGAACUUUCUGAAGAGUGCUGGUUCCAAACUUGUUGUCGUUGAUUUUUCAGCAAAAUGGUGUGGUCCAUGCAAAAGAAUUGGCCCUGUUGUUCAUGAAAUGGCUAUGAGAUAUGAAAAUGUAAUAUUUGCCAAUGUGGAUGUGGAUGCUGCAGCGGAGGUGGCCACUUCUUGUCAAGUCAAAUCCAUGCCCACGUUUCAGAUGUAUAAAGAAUCCCAAAAGAUAUUUGAAUUCAGUGGUGCCGACGCCAAAAAACUGGAAGAAAAGAUUCAGGAACUAAUAUAACUGAAUGCUCCAUUAAUUACAUCUUCAUCAUCACUUAGAGCUUUACUUGUAUGUUAUCAGCUCAUUUAAAAAUAUUCCAAAACUGCUCAGAAAUACUGACUCACUUUCAUUUUCUAAUCUGAUUAUACCAUUCCCCUUCAGUGCUUUCAUCAAGAAAUAGUAAGAUGAUUUCCACAACAAAAAUUAUAAGUGCAUAUUUAUAUAAUGCUUUACUAUUACAAAAUACUUUCACAUAUAUCAUUUCAUCUGAACCGCAAAAUACUCCAGGGCAUAACUAGCAUUGUUACCUCCAUUUUAUAGAUAAGGAAACUGAGAUUUAAAUCAGUAAAGACUUGUUUAAAGACAUAUGAUUAAGAAGUGACACAACUAGAAUUUAAAUCUAUAAUUAUUGAUUACCAGUCCAAUGUCUUUUCCACUAUUGGACAUUGCUUCCAUAACAUUAGCCUAUUUUAUUCCCAUUAUUCUAAGUAGGAUUCUAUUGAACCUGAAGCCAUGUUAUUUUCCAUCAAUCCAUCAACAAACAAUUAUUAAGAUCCUACUGUAUACUAAGAAUUCUGUUAAACUUUUAAUAUACAAAGACAAAAAUGAAACAAUCCCUGAUCUAAACAAAUUAAAAUUCUAGCAGAGGAAGAAAUAAAACAAAUCUAUAGAAGUUCUAUAACAGAAUAUGUGCAAUGUUAACACAAAGUAAUUUUGAAGUUCUGGUAACUCAAAGCUAAGGGGAUCAAGAAAGAUUUAAAAUAAAAGGUAGAGUCUAACUUUAGUCUCUUUGGAAAUCAAGGAGCCUAAUAAACAGAGGUAAGAACAAAAUAUAUUUUUCCCUUGAGAGAAGCAAUGAAAUACAUGAGAGAAAUAUCAACUAUAUUAGUAUGGCUGAUCCAGUGAACAAAUGUAAAUAAAUAAAAAAGGGAACUGGAAAGAUAGGAAAGGUCCAGAUUGUUAAGAGCUUUAGAUAUAAAACAGAAGGGUUUAUAUUUGACCUUUGAGGUAAUAGGGAGUCAUUGGAGUUUAUUGACUAGGAAAUAGACAUGACCAGACCUGCAAUUUAGGAAAAUCUUUUUGACAGCUAUGUGGAUUAAAGUGAGCAAAGUCUCAAGGCAAAAAGACAAAUUAAGUUGCUAUUGCAAUAGUCCAGCAAGAGAUUAUGAGAUCCAAAUCAGGACAGCUGUUAUGUGAUUGGAGAGAAGGAAAUGCAUGUCAGAAACACUACUGAGAGAAAAAUAAGACUAGAGAACUGACUAGAUACAUAGAGAGAAGGAGAAAGAGAAGUCAAGAAUAUUUUGUCCUAGGAACAUGUAAAGAGUAUAUGUCUUGAAGUCAGGAGAUCUGAAAUUGGGCUCUAUUUUUAUAUAUGGCCAUCAGCAAAUCACUUCAUUUUUGUUAUUUUAUUUCCUCAUUUGUAAAAUGAGCAUAAUAAUACUUGCACUAUGGACCUCACAGGAUUGUUGUGAAGAUAGUGUUUUGUCAACUUUUAAACAUUAUAUGAGCAUCUUGUUGUGAUAAUUAUGAUCAUUCUUACUACUAUCAUUUAUCCCUUCACAGGCUAAGGAGCAAAUCUUGUGGUACAAGAUCUUUUCCCAUAAUCAAGUCUCUACUGAUCAGGUUUUUUCCAGUGCAGUAAUAGUAUAUAUAGCAAUAUUGUAUAAAUUCAACUAAUUUUCUUCAAUCUUUUAAAAAUAAUUCCUGGAAAAAGAAGGAUCUUAGUGACCAUGAUGUUAGUCAUCAUCAAAGAAACUGUAUUGGCAUAGGUUACAGUUUAAAGGAUGGUUCCCCUCCUGAGCCAAGUAAUGGAAAUGAUUGGCUUUAUUCAUCAGAUGUUUUAAGUUAAGGCAUAUUGCUUUCAUGGUUCAGGUAUGUCCCAAGCACCAAAGACUGAGAAAAAUAAUAAAAGCUCUUGAUCCAGGGAUUUUAUCACAUUAGUUUUGCUUUUUCAUUUAAAAAUUUACCAUCAUAAAUCAUUAAAAUACUGAAGGGAUAAAUUAACUAUAUUUGAUGCUUUGCUUUGGUAGAUGUGCAAUGUUACAUUUAGUUACUUUCCUUAUCAUGAGAUCAACAUUUAAAGCCUGGAAGAACCUUAAAAACUAUAUGAUCUAUUUCACAUAUGAGGAUCCAACCUCAUUAUUUCACAGAUAAGGCAAUCAAGACCCAGAGAGACCAUACAGAUAGUUAAAAGAUAAAGAUAAGAUUUAAACCCAGGUCUCCAUAUUCCUAAAUCAGUGUCCUUAAUGAACAAUAGUGAAUAUUUAUUAUGAACUGACUGUACAGGCACACUAAAAUACUGUUGGUAGGAUUAUAAACUGGUCUAGAUAUUCUAGAAAGGAAUUAAGAACUAUUAAAAAAAUUUUUACUAUACCUUUGACCCAGCAAUCUUUGACCAUCAUUAGGAAGGAAUAUACCUAAAGAUAGCAAAGAAGAGAAGAAUCCAAAACAAAAAAAAUGUACAGCAGCACUUUAUUGUAAGUAAGAAUUGGAAAUGAAGGGGUACCUAUCAGAUAAUGACUGAGUAUUAGUAUGUGAGUAAAAUGGAAUAUUAUUGUAGUAUAAGAAAUAAUGAAAAAAUGGAUUCAGAGAAACCUGGGAAGAUGUGAAUUAAUACAGAGUAAAGUCAACAGAACCAGGAAAACAAUAGAUAAUACUACAAAAUUAUAACUUUGAAAGAUGUAAGAACUCCAAUCAAUAUAAUGACCAACCACAACUCCAGAGGAUAGAUGAUGAAGCAUGUUACUCAAGUCUGACAGAGAAGUCUGGGAGUCAAGGUAAAUGAAUGUAUUGAGAUGGGAGUAGUCAAGUGGUUACUAGAAGACUGAUCAAAAUUAAUCAAGACUACUCCAAUAAUUGAAAUCCUAGAUCCAGCAGCAGAAGUAGCUGUGCCUGUUCAGGAGUUAUGUAGGAUUCCAUUCCUUGAAGAAUGUUCCUGCUUGAUCCAACCUGGCAGUGAAUCAAUCUAAUAACUAAUAACUAAACAAAGGAAUGAUUUACCGAUUGGUUAUGCCAAUUUAAUUUAAAAGUGAACUUGAUAGGUACUCAGAGACGGGGAAAAAAGUUUAUAGGGCCAGGAAGUAGAAGAUGUUUUGUAAUCACUAUCUUGAGUAUGAACCCACAUUCCCCAGUGUCUUCUAGUACCAGAUCAUGCUUUUUAACCUCUGUUUUUGUUAUACUUUCUCAAUAAAUACACUU